AGGGGGAGGGGGAAGGAUCGCGUUCGCCCGCCCGUGAUGAAUAAUCCGGGCCGGCCUCCCGGCUGCGGCGGCCAAACCGCUCGCGGCUCUGCCAAGAGAUCAGCCGCGGCCUCUGCCCGCGCCCCGGGCGCCGCCGGCCUUUCCCCGGCCGCCUCCGGCACGUCGCAGCUGCCGGGCACCACCCGGCACCACCCGGCACGGGGUGCGGCGAGGGGAAGGGGCCGGGGCGUCCCGGGGCGGGGGGCCCGACGGCAGGUGCGGCCCCGCGUGCGGGCGCGGAUCGGCGUCGCUGCGGGUUGCGGCGCGCGAGCCGUUGGGUGCGUGCGCGUGGGUUUCGCCGCGAGCGACAUCGACCGCGUGCGCGGCGCCGGCGAGGAGAGGCGGCGCGCGACACGGGACGCGCGGCGCGCCCGCGUGACUUCCAGCGAGUUCACGCGUGGGCGAGAGCCGCGGCGCGGGGCCGGGCAGGAACCGUACCCCGCAGCCCUUUCCCGAGCCCGGCCCGGGGCCGCCUUUCGGAAAGCGCUUCCCGCCGGCGGCUCCGAGCCCACGCGGGGGUGGGAGCUCCCGGGGCGGUACGGGCGGGCCGCGAGGGAGGGAUCCCACGGCGUUCCCCGUCCCGCGCGGCGCCCGGGCACCGCUCUGCCCGUCCUCGCCGCGUUCCUGUGCGGGAGGAGCGGGGAUUUUCCAUCUGCCGGCCGCCCCGCUGUGACCUCGGCGCGAGUUCGGUGGCACCGCUCCCUCCGGGGCAGGGUCACGCCGCGGGGCUCCAGCUGCUCCUCGGGGUGCGGGAAGGGGACGGCGGCAGCUGCGGGUGGAAGGGCUGCGGCUGGCGGUGGGAGGCCCUGGAGCCCUUCCCGGGGAGCGCUGCCAGCGCCGCGCUGCCUCGGCACGUCCAACCGCUCCGGCACGAGUUGGCUCUCUCCCUGCCCAGACCCGAUCUGCGCUGCGGAGACGGCGAAUGCCCUUAAGGGGGGCGGGGGGGAAGGUAGGGGAAACGCGCUCCACAAACCCCGUGCCGCUUCCCUCCGGUGGAUUCCAACCGUAUAUAAAGAGCGUGAGGUGGCGGUCUCCCGGGCAGCUCUUAGGAUGCGCGGCGUUGUUGUUAACACAUGUUUCAAUUUGGGAUCGAGACCGUCAAUUACCCGCUGAGGCUCCCGAGCCCCGGGCGCGCAGCACGGGGACGGCUGUGCUCAGCCAUUGCCCUCCCGCACCGCCGAAGCGGCGCUCUCGGCUCCCGCACCGCCCGCGCUCUGCCCCCGCCCGGCGGCUCUCGGGCCCCGCGGGGCGCUCCGCGGCUGCGGGGCGGGGGGAGGACGUGCGGAGCGGGAAACGCAGGGGCAGCGCUUUCCUGCUUCCGUAACGCUCUCCGUUUCUCGGUCGGAAAAAGCAGGCCGGCUCCGCUCGGCAUCGGCAAGCCCAUUGGUUUGCUUGGCUUUUUUUUCUUCCCGAGCGGAAGAGACAGACCCCCGUCUCCCCCCGAGCAGAAGCCGACAGCUCGGAAAGGCCGCUCCGGGGGCAGCGGCGGAAAGGUCGCCAAUUAGCAUCGCAUCUGCGGGCGGCGAGCUGCGGGCGGGUCGGCCG